AUGGAUGCUUCAAAGCUGCUAUUUCUGCUGCUCCUCUACGGAUAUCUGCCAAAAGUGUCAUCGGUGCAGAUGUGUGACGUGAUGAACGACAUCAGACUGGAGAAAGAGCGCUGUGAGAAUAGCACCUCUGGGAACGUCACUUCAGGUUGCCAAGGCAUGUGGGACAUCAUCGCCUGUUGGCCCUCAGCCAGCGUCGGAGAGGUGGUUACAAUAACCUGCCCCACUUAUUUCAGUUACUUCAGUGACGAGCACAAAGGUAACCUUUCCAAAACCUGCACAGCAGAUGGCUGGACUGAGAUGCAUCCCAUGGACAUUGCCAUGAACUGUGGAUACAAUCUCAACAGCACCAGUGAUGAUGGCAAGUUUUUCUGGCAAGUGAAGAUUGGGUACACCAUUGGCCACAGUGUUUCCCUCAUAUCUCUCACUACAGCCAUCGGGAUCCUCUGCCUCUUCAGGAAGCUCCACUGCACAAGGAAUUACAUCCACAUGCACCUGUUUGUGUCAUUUAUCCUGAAGGCCAUCGCUGUGUUCAUCAAGGACGUUGUCCUUUAUGAUGUCGGGGAGGUGGACAACUGCUCUUCAGGCUCUCAGAGGGCUUGUCUGAUGUUGACAUUUGUUGACUUGCAUUUGUUGGACUCUCUUUUUUUGAUAAAAAAAUACCUCUAUACUGUCCUUUUAUCUCCACAGAUGAACUUCAUCCUGUUUAUCUGCAUCAUAAGAAUACUUCGCCAGAAAAUCAACUGCCCAGAUAUCGGAAGAAAUGAGUCCAAUCAGUACUCGAGGCUGGCAAAAUCAACGCUGCUUUUGAUUCCUCUGUUUGGAAUCAAUUUUAUCGUGUUUGCAUUCAUCCCAGAGCAAGUGAAGACGGAACUACGGCUGGUUUUUGACUUGAUUCUGGGGUCAUUUCAGGGCUUCGUGGUUGCAGUUCUUUACUGCUUCCUCAACGGAGAGGUCCAAGGAGAGAUCAAGAGAAAGUGGCGGAGGUGGCACCUGCAGAGAUACAUGGGCUCAGACACCAAAUAUCAACAUCCAUCAAUCGGCAGCAGCAACAACUUCAGCACCCAGAUCACCAUGUUGACACGAUGCAGCCCAAAAACACGGCGGGCUUCAUCAUCCUGUCAUGACGACCUGUCCAGCAUAUGAGUACAACAAACAGCGAUAAAGACAUACAUGCUGUAAAAAAUACUCUGGUGCCAAGCAUUAGGCCGACAGAGACACCGCAUAUGUGAGCUGUAGAAUAAACGCACUCCCUCAUUAAGCACGUUCACUCUCGGAGGAAGUGCUGCUUGAGUGUGAUACUGACAAAGUAAAGCGAUGAGACGACAGAAAAAAAAGAUGUAAGUAAAUAGUGUGACAGCUUCU